AUGACAGCAUCCACAAGCGUCCUCCUGGUGAUGGCCAUCUGUGUGGGCACAGCCUAUUCCUUAACAUGUUAUACCUGCGCCUCCCAGAGCAACAACACUGCAUGUAUGACACAGACCAACUGCUCGGCUAACAGCACGUCAUGUAUGACCUCCGUGGUUACUGUCGGAAUAGGUAGUCUGUCUGCGUCCACCAUCACUAAGACGUGUUCACCGACCUGCACGCCAUCUGGAUUUAACGCUGUGGUGCUCACAACCCAAGUGUCCUGCUGUAACACCAGCCUGUGUAACACCAGCGGGGCCAACAGUGUCACAUCCACCUACACCCCCCUCGCUGUGGCCCUGGGAUUCGUCGGGAUUCUCCUGAGAAGUUCCUCUAUAUAA